CAUGGUAUUGCUUAUAGACUCAACCAUCAUCUAAUUAGUGGUAUUGUCAGGGUGGUGGCGUCAUCAUGCUGUUCUUCAGAACGGACAGCUGGUCAGGUGAUUUGAUGGGAAGAUGGAUGGAGCUACAUGCAGGUCAAUCCUGUAAGAAAACUUGAAACUGGAGAGGAGAUAAACUUUCCAGAUGAACAACUCCCUAAACAUACAGCCAGAACAGUAAUGGUCCUUAGAUCAAUGUUUUAGAAUAGACCAGUCCAAACCACUCUUAUCUUUGGAUGUUCAAAGCUGGUAGAGACAUAACAAAAAGACAUACAGCUCGAACUGCAGAAACAGGAGGUUCUACAAAAUAGUUUACUCGGUGGGACUGAAUCCAUAUACAUGGCCUAUUUGUUUGAGUUUUUAGAAACUCAUCCUCUCUUUCCUCAAAACAAUUGUGCACAAAAAAAUCCCAGUAUGUAAAAAUAAAUUGUGUGGUUGUUACAUGACAAUAUUUGAAUAGGCCAAAGAACACUCUUGUGAAGCUCUUUACAAUGCAUAAUUAAUACACAUAGGCUAAGCCAGAAAAAAAGCAUAUGUCUCUUUUAACUACCUGUAUUUUGUUUGCAAGUUUUGAGCUCAGUAUUACCAGUUAGUCUCCGCCCCUUGUUUCUGUAGCUGUGUUGUUGGCCCAAAACUUGAAGAUACGACACGACCUGGUGAAUUUUGGACUUCUGAUUAUUAAAAGUUUGAACUUUAAAAGCUGAAUUAGCCAAGCUAACCCUGUUAGCUGCUGAAAGUAUAGUGAGGGUAGUGGGAAGAGGCCGCCCACCUUCCAGGCAAGCACUAUUCGGCUAACUAGCACAGCCCUACCGACGGGACCUGUAACUCAAGAUGUCUAAAAGCGAGACAGAGGAGUUGAUAGAGAUCGAGAUUGAUGAACGGGAGAAACAGGCGUGCCUAGAGGAAGGCAUUGAGGAGCAGACCAUCACAGCGUCUGAUUUGAUUCAACAAGAUAUUGACAUCAAUGAGCCCAUUGGCAAUCUGAAGAAGCUUUUGGAGCCUCGCGUCCAAUUCUGUCUGGAUGGAUUCGACAUCUGCUUACAAGACAUUCAGCUUCACCCGGAUCACAGCCUCUUUGAUCAGGGGGUAAAGACGGAUGGCACCGUGCAGCUCAGCCUGCAGAUCGUAGCCAAACCAGGGGAGGAGAAGCUGAACAUCCUGGAAAUAGUGAAGCCUGUAGAAACGGUAGAAGUUGUGAUUGACCCGGAUGCGGCGGGAGAAGAUGGGUCGUUGGUGGAGGAAGGACAGCUCAUCGCAGUAGAGCGGUCCUCCCUGUCCGAUGAGACGUCGGAGCAGGUGACGCGCUGGGCCGCCGCAUUGGAAGGUUACCGCAAGGAGCAGGUCCGGCUCGGAAUACCGUACGAUCCUUUGCUCUGGACAGCUGACCAGGUGAUCCACUGGGCUGUGUGGGUCAUGAAGGAAUUCAACAUCGACGAGAUGGAGAUCGGCAGCAUCCACAUCCCCGGCCGAGAGCUCUGCAGUUUCAACCAAGAGGAGUUCCUUCAGAAAGUGCCCAACGGCGAGAUACUGUGGAGCCACCUGGAGCUGCUACGCAAAUACGUGUUGGCCAGUCAGGACCAGUCGGGCGGGGACGCCACUGUCACUAUAGAUCAACCUGUUCAGAUAAUUCCAGCUCAAGUGAGCACGCCUACCGCUAUAAAAGUACUGAAACACAACCGGGGCCCCAGAGCGCCCAGAAUUUCAGGAGAGGAGCGCAGUUCCCCCGGCAACCGCACAGGUAACAACGGUCAGAUCCAGCUGUGGCAGUUCCUGCUGGAGCUUCUGACGGACAAAGACGCAAGAGACUGCAUCUCCUGGGUCGGAGAGGAGGGAGAGUUCAAGCUGAACCAGCCGGAGCUCGUGGCGCAGAAAUGGGGCCAACGCAAAAACAAGCCGACGAUGAACUACGAGAAGCUCAGCAGAGCCCUGAGGUACUACUACGACGGGGACAUGAUCAGCAAAGUGCAGGGCAAGCGCUUCGUCUACAAGUUUGUGUGCGACCUGAGGACUCUGAUUGGCUAUAGCGCCGCCGAGCUCAACAGCCUGGUGACGGAGUGCGAGCAGAAGAAACUGGCUCGCAUUCAGAUGCACGGCCUCGGACAGCCCAUCACCACAGUCACGCUGGCCACCACACUGGACAAGGACAGCUGAAGGAGGCCGCGGCGCUGGCUGGAAAUCAUGCGUCCCUUUAGACACAAAGCUGAUCCCCGAUCAGUAUGUGGCUUUAAAAAAAAAACUUUGUUGUAUACACAGUUAAAUUCAGCUUAGACUGAGGCAGGUGAUGUAUUUUUUAGCUUUUCACUAACUCUACCCAACAGAGGCGAGCUCAGGAUGAGGAAAGAAUGUGUUUAUAAUUGCAGAUUGUCGUGUGCAUGGCUGAAUGAGUGACUGAAACUGCUAGUAGAGGCUCGGUGUUGUGCGCUCCUUGUCUGUAAUCCACUGUAUAUACAAAUAUGUCAUGGUUUUUGAUAGCCACGAAGGCAAGUGUAUUUUCAUAAGACCCAUUUUGUAUUUUAUUUAGUGCGUUUCCCUGAAGUGCUGGACCCUUUUGUGUCCACUAGGGGGGAAUAAAGUAACAAACAUUUUCUAUCAAGGUUGUGUGAACUGUAAAUCUUUUCCAGAUAAUCCCACCCCCACUUAUGCUCCACAAAAGAAAAAAAAAAAAAAAAAAAAAGCCACAGUCAUAUGUACAUUCAAAAUUUAUUCAUGGAAUGGGGGAGUGUAGAAAGCUUUUCUGACUUUAAGCAAAUGUUUCAAACCACACACAAAAGGAAGGUCACUAAACCAAUGAAGAGGGGGAAAAAGCAUUUAAUUAAACAUUCACCUGAUUUAAGAGCUUCAGUUGGUGUCUGUACAUUUGCAGAGGUGAUAUGUGUUGUAUUUUCAUAAUGCAAUAUAUGCAUGUCACAUUCAUGGUAACUAUUAUAAUAACUUAAGGGGAGUUGAACACGUCUCUCGCUUCGAGGAGCAUUACAACAGAUAUGCAAGGAAAGAAACGUUACAGCACUGUACAUGUAUACACAGCAGAUGUAGAAAAAUAGAAAGGGUUGAUUUGGUGAAGGAAUGUUUGUGGUGUAAAUACAGAACCGUCUGGAGAACAUCUGAGCACUUUCCAGUAAGUACUGCCCCUCGCUAAUGUCUGAUUAACAACUCCUGCUCUGUACAAUAUUGCUGCCAGAUCGGAAACAAAAGGGGUCGAUGUGAGGAGUUGGGGGAGAGGAGGGGGACUUUUAGACGAGGACAAAACAGCAGACAACUGGAAACCACCAUUUCAGCGGCUCAACAAACCCAGAUUCUCCGUCGGCCAAGUAUUUACAAUCAAGAUAUUAGUUAAAUCAUGAAUGAUAUGCUUUACUAAAAACAAAAACAGCUUUCUAAAGCUUAACAUGAAAGGGGGACAGCUCAGGAUCCAGAAGCGAGGUUCUGUUCGAGGUUCGAAGCAGUUACUAUCUUACUAGCGGUACAUCACUGUUUUUACGGUUUGUGUCUUCAUGUAGUAUCAAUCCAGGUGAUUUGAUCCUCGAGGCUUAAAGCAACUCCAAAACUUUAAAAAACAUCAACAGCGUAAGAAAAAUAGUGCAAAAUGCUAAUUUUUAAACUGCCUCACUUGUCUGACCAGAAAAGCUUUUACACGUUCCACUCUCAGGACGCGUUUCACACAGGAAGGUCAUCGGUGGCGCACCGCCUCCAAUAUCCACCUCUGAGGUAAAUAAUCAAUCGCUUUUGUAGAAAUACCCACCGACUGCAAAUGUGACUAUGGCUCAAAUAUGUACAGUAUAAAUAAAUAAUAGUCAAAUACAUGAUUUUCUCACAGCAGGUUUAAAAGCAUAAACAUAUUUUUACUGCUGAAUUAAAUUGCAUUUUUACCCUCCUAAUAUUACAGAUGCAGACACAUAAGCAGCUCAGAGUUUCUCCUUGCUGCUGUGGCUGGUGCUUUGUUCAUAUUAGUCAAUUUAAAGAGUAAAACUUGAUAUUUUCACAUGUUUUUUUAUUCAGAUUUCUUCCGAGACCUUUGCUGUGCGUGUAACAACGCUCGCACGACUCACACGCAGCAUGGCGGGUUAGAGUGAGGUGAACACUAAAUUAUCCGCAGCAGG